UUGUUAAUGGAGAAUGCUGUUAUUCCACACCGGCCGGCAGUUUAACUUCUUUUGGGAAGGUGUGUAAAGAAAAGGCGGUUGUGGCGGCCACGGAAAAGAGCGAAGAAGAGGAAAUUUGCUGCAUUUGCCUGGAGGAAUAUACGGAGGAGAACCCCAUGUUGUAUGGGGAAUGCAAGCACCAUUUUCAUUUGCCCUGUCUCAUGAAUUGGAAACAACGCAGCAACGUCUGUCCAAUGUGUGCGUCAGAGACGCUGCGGGGACUGGCAGAGGAUGAGGCUCCGCCUCCUGUUCGUGCAACGGACGAUGACAUUUUUGCGAUACUUUUGCAGCACCAAUUGGGGCGGUACACACGCCAAGGAAGGCAACACCGUCAACGUGAACGUGAACUUGAACGCGAGCGCUCUCAAGGAAAUGAAUCGGCUGCCCAAAAAUCGGAACAGCAUUUAAAAAGGCACACGAAUCUUUCCUCACAAUGUCGUUCGGGUCGUGAUAAGGCACCAGAUGAACGUCAACGGCAUUUAAAUGGACGUGGCGAAAACAGUUCCCUGGCUAAUCCCUCCUCCAAAAAGGCAACACGAGAUGGAUGUGAGUCACGUGUUCGGGACGCGCGUGAAAACAGUAUGAUAGCAUUUUUUAAUAGGGUAUUUUGUUGUUUUAAGAAGUAA